AUGGGAAUUUUUAAGUGGAAUGCACCUUUUAAAUCAUUAAAUGGAAAAGAUGAAAUAGCUUUUCGAAUAUUUAGGGGAGAAAGAGAGAAGCCAGUAAAAAAUGCCUCGGAACCCUACGUCCAAUCAUAUACAUGUUGUUGGGACGAUGAUCCUAAUAAACGACCGUAUACUAAAGAAUUAAAAGAAAAACCUGAAACUUUUAUUUUUAAUUUGAACAUUGAUAAACAUGAACAAUCAAUAAUUUGUAAACCAAUACGUUCAGGAAAUUAUGGACCUGAUUGA